UGGUUGCUAGGGGCGGAGGCGCGGGAACCUGUGGAAGCUACGGAUGCCAGCUACCCGUGCUUGCGGGCCUCAGUGCCAGCCCGCCGGUGGGUAUGGAGCCCGAGGUGGGAGAGGGGAGCAUCGGAGAGAGAUUAGGAGGUGGCUGUCUGACUUGUUUCCGAAGGCUGAAUGAACUACAGAUCAUCAAAUACAGUAGCUCACCAAGAAGACCCAGUUGCUUUAGGGGGAAUACCACCCCCCCCAGCGCCUGUGAGGGAUGUUGGCACUUGACUGCCAACUGAAACCAGCUCUUCCUCAGAAGGUCUUCUGCAGGCUCUGGGCUUCGAUGGGGAAACUGCAGAGCAAACUCAGAUACAGCACUUAUCUGUACAGCAGGCCUGAUGGAAUUAUAGAAGAGAGAGUCCAGACUAAAGCUUCCCAGGAGUACAUCCCUGCUCACGUGGAUACCGUCUCUGUGGUUGCUGCUCUGAACUCAGACCUUUGUAUCUCUGGAGGAAAAGACAAGACUGCUGUGGUCUACAACUGGAAAACAGGCCACGUGGUGAGAAGGUUCAUAGGACAUGAGCGGGAAAUCACGAAGAUAGCCUGUAUUCCCAAAUCAAACCAGUUCUUCAGCGCCUCUCGAGAUAAGACAGUCCUGAUGUGGGACCUGCAGGGCUCCUCACAGCCCAGGCAGCAGCUGUCUGGCCAUGCCAUGGUUGUCACUGGCUUGGCUGUGAGUCCAGACUCGUCACAGCUGUGUACUGGCUCUCGAGACAACAGCCUGCUUCUGUGGGAUGUGGGUACUGGACAGUGUGUGGAGAGAGCGUCUGUCUCCAGGAACCUGGUCACGCACCUGUGCUGGGUCCCGAGAGAGCCAUACAUCGUCCAGACCUCCGAGGAUAAGACCAUCAGAUUAUGGGACUGUCGGGGGCUUCAGAUGGCUCAUGUGUUUCCCACAAAGCAGCACAUCCAGACCCAUUGUGAAGUCAGCGUGGAUGGACAUACCUGUGUCUCCUGCAGCAGUGGCUUUGGGGGUGAAGGCUGUGAAGCCACGUUGUGGGACCUAAGACAGACAAGAGAAAGAAUGUGUGAGUAUAAGGGUCAUUUCCAGACAGUUGCGUCCUGUGUCUUUCUACCAAAGUCCGCAGCCUUGAUGCCUAUGAUUGCUACCUCUGCACAUGACUCCAAGGUGAAGAUUUGGAACCAGGACACUGGAGCUUGCCUUUCCACCUUGUCUCUGGAUGGAUCAGGACCCCUGACCUCACUGGCUGUUGGUGACAUCACCUCCUUGUUAUGUGCAAGUUUCUACAGAGGAGUUCACUUACUCAGAAUGGACCACAGCCGAGGGCUGGAACUGCAGGAAGUGGCAGCCUUCUAAAACUAAGAGAUAUUGAUUGGAUAAUAUCAAACCAUGGCCCCUC